UAAUGUCAAUGUCGAAACUCCAAAACGUCAAACCCGUCUGCCAUUUGGAGUAGUACGAAUCUUUUGGAUAUUUUUUUCUUCCGAUGGACUUUUAUACUUAUUCCUUUGUGAUACUAUAAUGUAAAAUCAAUAUUUAUGCGAUAUAUUGAAUAAACAAAAAGUAAAAUGGGGACAAACGGGAACGGCCGCCGCGGAGGGGUGAAAAUUCCCGAUGUCCGUCGCCCAAUGGAUGAAGGGGAUUGUGUAAACGACAUGGAAAGCCCGGAGUUAGACUUUGUUUAUGAUGACUGCGACACUCAGGCGAAUGAGAUAGCCGAACUCUACAGCUACACGGAACACCCUGAAUACCAGCUCAAUGUGAAAGCUUUUGAAGAUAUAAUGGAAGAAUUUAAUUAUCCACCCAGUUGGCAGAGACUAUCAAAUAAACAACAAAGAACAGUUAUAAUGAAACUGUUGGAGCAUCUUGACGUAGCCAUCACAGAGAUACGAAUGCGUGCCACAAGAUGUAUUCUAUACCUUGCCCAAGGUUGCUGGGCAGAAAUGCAAUCUGAUGCAGAGCAAGCACACUGGGCUCGCAUCAACAUUAUGACUCUCUAUGACAUGGGUACCUUCUCAGCAUUCGUCGAAUUACUGAAUCUUGAAAUAGUUCGAAGCAGUUCUGCAAUAUCUUCUAGAAAACUAGCUGAAUCUUUGGCUGACUCUACAAAUUUGCGGGUUAUUUUAUCAGUUUUAUAUUUAAUCACUGAAUACAUGAGGACUGAAAAGGAAAAUCCAGAAUCAGAAUAUGUAAAUUUAGUGGCAAAUUUCAAAGAGGAGCUUGGGACACCAUUUGGUGAUGAGUUACUCCCUGUGAAGCUGUUGAGUAUGGUGACACAUCUUUGUGCUGGUACCACUCCACAUUUUCCAAUGAAAAAAGUCCUUUUGCUUCUGUGGAAAGUAUUACUAGUAUAUUUAGGGGGCUCUAAAGAGUUGAAAGAAAGAAAAGCAAGACUUAGAGAAAAAUAUGGGCUGCCACCUCUGACUGAAGAUACAUUGGAAAUAAUCAAAGGCAUGAGGGCAAGCUCCCCACCACGUGCUGCAGACAUGUUGGAGAACCAGAAUCCAGGACAGAGAAAGUUAAAAGAAAAUGAAAGAGCAUUGAGGAGACAAACUUUUAUGAAACAAACAUCAUUGGAUGAAUCUGAUGAGCAGAUAUUUGUUGACAAAGAAGAAACAGGAAAUGGUUCAGAAGAUUACUCGAUGGAAUUUCAAUCAAUGUCUAGUGAUAGUGUGCAGGCAGAAAAUAAUCAGAACUGUCCAUAUUAUAUGUACAUAAAACAGUUUGACAGUCCACCCCCACCUCCACCACUACCUCGCAGUUUGCCUUGGCAGUCUAAAGUGAGGCAGAAAGAUAUUGAUAUGUUUCUGGACAAUGUACGGAUCAAGUUUGUUGGAUAUUCACUACCAGGUGACAGACAAACUGUAGCAGGACUCCCACAACCAAUUCACGAAGGUAUAGACAUACUGAAAAAGCAUAUGUAUACCAGUCUGUCUGAAAUUCAAGCUGAAAGGGAACUUGAAAUAGCCCGCAGUCCUCUCACCAAGGGUGAAAAAGAAGUAGAAGAGACAGAAGCAGAAAUUUUAUACAGAGCUAUGGUACCCAAUUUGCCACAGUACAUGAUAGCUUUACUUAAAAUACUCUUGGCUGCGGCUCCUACAUCUACAGCAAAAACAUAUUCUAUUAAUAUUAUGGCAGAUUUACUACCAGAAGAAAUGCCAAUGACAGUAUUACAAUCACUAAAACUUGGUAUUGAUGUCAAUAGACACAAAGAAAUUAUUGUGAAAGCAGUCACAGCUAUAUUACUGCUUCUUUUGAAGCAUUUCAAGUUAAAUCAUGUGUAUCAGUUCGAAUUUAUGUCUCAGCAUCUUGUUUAUGCAAACUGUAUGCCACUUGUUUUGAAAUUCUUCAACCAAAAUAUUUUGUCUUAUGUUGGAGCUAAAAAUUCUAUACCUAUAUUAGACUUUCCUGCUUGUGUUAUUGGAGAACAACCAGAAUUAACAAAAGAAUGUUUGGAUAUUGGGGAUUCAUCAGUACCAUAUUCAUGGAAAAAUGUAUUCUCCUGUAUAAAUCUACUCAGAAUCUUAAAUAAACUAACAAAAUGGAAAAAUGCAAGGAUAAUGAUGCUUGUGGUGUUCAAGAGUGCACCCAUAUUAAAACGCACACUCAAGGUCAGACAUGCAUUAAUGCAGUUUUAUGUAUUAAAACUGCUAAAAAUGCAAACAAAAUAUUUGGGAAGGCAAUGGCGAAAAACAAACAUGAAAACUAUAAGUGCAAUAUAUUCUAAAGUUCGACACCGAUUAAAUGAUGACUGGGCAUUUGGCAAUGAUGUAGAUGCAAGACCUUGGGACUUCCAGGAUGAGGAGUGUUCUCUAAGGGUCAGUGUAGACCGUUUCAACCACAGGAGGUAUGGCACUGGCACUGAACAUGAAAUAGAUCUUACUCCUCUUGACACAGACAUAAACAGUGUGCUCGAAACAAAUGUUGAACUUGACGAAGAAUUCAAAGAGAACUAUGAAAUAUGGCUUGAACAAGAAGUAUACAAUAAUGAGAUAAACUGGGAUGUAUUGUUGACAGCAUAAAAUAAAGGUUUUAUUGAACUUGUGACUGCAUAAAAUUAAUCUAGACUUAUAUCAAGAUAAAAAUUCAGUUAAGUUUAUUAAUGAAAGCUUAUCUAUAUUUAUGUUCUUUGAUAAAUUAAUUUCCAUGAAUUUUAUAGUUCAAGUUCAUUAAAUACUCAUGCAUGUUAUUUAAAACAUUGUAAUAUGAAUCUUGCAUUAAUAUGGUUAAUCUCUUCAUUAAUAAAAUGUGAUGGGACACUUCAAAUGAGUUAUUGUAGUAGUUCUCGUAAGUUAAGGAAAUAAAUUAAUAAUAUUGCAUGUCAGGUAAUGUAGUGAGGAUGAAAAACCAUGUAGGUAACUUAUAGAAUAUUUAAAAUUGUUACUAAAUCAAUAUAUUUAUAUUGUAUCUAUGCCAACAAUUUGACUCAUGACUUAUGUAUGUAAUGAAAUUAUGAGUAUGUACCUUCAGUUUUUAACUAUAUAUUUGUUUUUAGUGAUAGGCUUAUUGAUUGUAUAGAUAUCUACAUACAUAGUACCUAAUAAAACUUAAAAAUGAACAA